CUGUGAGUUGAGGAUCAACCAAUCAAUCCAUUGAAACCAAAUCAUGGUGUUUAUGGUGUUUGAGAAAGCGGGUUCAUCUACUGAUGCCCUUCCACCUCUGCCCAGAGAAGAGACACCUCUCCUGGGAAAGGCUACUCAACUAUCUUCUCAAUCCAAGACCUUUGCCAAUGUCUUCAUCGCCAUUGUCGGUGCCGGCGUCCUUGGCCUCCCGUAUACCUUCAAGAAGACAGGUUGGGUCUUCGGUGUCCUCAUGAUCCUUGCUGUCUCUCUCUCUACCUACCAUUGUAUGAUGCUUCUGGUCUAUACCCGCCGGAAGUUAGAAUCAAAGCAGGGAUUCUCUAAGAUUAAUUCUUUUGGUGACCUUGGAUACUCCGUCUGUGGCUCCUUUGGUAGAAUUGCUGUUGAUGUCAUGAUCGUCCUUUCUCAGGCUGGAUUCUGCGUCAGCUACCUCAUGUUCAUCGCCAAUACUAUGGCGUAUGUCUUCAAUUCCUCUGUUCCGACUGUCUUGGGGCUUAGAGCCAAGGCUUUCUACAUUUGGGCUGGUUUUCCCUUCCAAUUAGGUUUGAAUUCCAUCCCGACCUUGACCCACCUUGCCCCUAUAAGCAUCUUCGCAGAUGUCGUCGACAUUGGAGCGAUGGGUAUUGUGAUGGUAGAAGAUGUUGUGAUGUUCACGAAACAUCAACAACCAAACCUUUUGGCUUUUGGAGGUUUGAACGUUUUACUCUAUGGCCUGGGCGUCGCCAUUUACGCCUACGAAGGAGUUGGAGUGGUUUUGCCGCUGGAAUCAGAGGCCAGGGACAAGGAGAAGUUCGGGAGAGUUCUGGGCUUAUCCAUGAUCUUCAUCUCUUUAAUGUAUAUAUUAUUUGGAGUUCUGGGUUACUUCGCUUUUGGGGAUGAAACCAAGGACAUCAUCACCACAAACCUAGGGUAUGGAUUGCUGAGCAAUUUGGUUCAAUUGGGUCUCUGCAUAAAUCUGUACUUCACCUUCCCAUUGAUGAUGAAUCCAGUGUACGAGGUGUUCGAAAGACGCUUCUUUGAAGGUCGGUAUUGUGUGUGGCAGAGAUGGCUGGUGGUACUUCUUGUGAGCUUGGUUGCUCUCUCUAUUCCUAAUUUUGCAGACUUCCUCUCAUUGGUGGGGAGCAGUGUAUGUGUGCUGUUGGGGUUUGUGUUGCCAUCUCUGUUCCAUCUGAUAGUAUUCAAGGAAGAAAGGGGUUACAGAGGAUUGCUUUUGGAUGCUGUGAUACUAAUUGUCGGUUUGAUAAUUGCCAUUUCUGGAACUUGGUCUUCUGUAAUGCAGAUUUUUGCUGUGAGAACCUAAGGAUGAGGAGAGAAAGUUGGAGGGAUAUGAAGCCAAAUAGAAUCAGUAACAGAAUUCUUUUGGUGCUUCAUUGCUUAGAAAAUUUGUUAAGAACAUCCUCUUGGAAUGAUCUUAAGAUUGGAUGCAGGUGGAAUGGUGGCUCUCAAGUGUUUCUGCUUGUGUCCAGAUUAUUAUUUUAGCAACAGACUUCCGCUCGCCGUAGCAGAUGAACCCAUAUUUGGUAUCUUGAUUAUAGCAGUAAUAUGGAAUGUAUUGAGAGUUUGAACAAAUUAUAAGAAUUUAAGGGGCCGUUUAAUUUUA